UUGACGUUUGCGGCGGACAACAUGGCGGCCUCCAUGCUGAGCUCUUUGCUGCGGACCGUCCGGCAGAUGGUUCCUUCAUCAGCUUCAGGCCAAGUUCGAGGUUACUAUGUGGACUGGAGAAUGUUGCGUGAUGUGAAGAGACGAAAAAUGGCCUAUGAAUAUGCAGAUGAGAGGCUACGGAUCAAUUCGCUCAGGAAGAAUACCAUUUUGCCAAAAGACCUUCAGGAAGUGGCUGAUGAAGAAAUUGCUGCCCUCCCCCGGGAUAGCUGUCCCGUCAGAAUCAGAAAUCGGUGUGUUAUGACGUCCCGUCCACGAGGUGUGAAGCGGCGCUGGCGGCUUAGUCGUAUCGUCUUCCGUCACUUAGCCGACCAUGGGCAGCUGUCUGGGGUCCAGCGAGCAAUGUGGUAAUCAGCUCCAGAACCUACUGAGCUUGCGGGGAAACCGGUUCUGGCAAGAAGACUUUUCUAGUAGACAAAAUCCUACUUUUCAUAGGAUUGAGUAUAGGAGUCUAGUCUAUCUGAUGCUGGUGACAGUUAAAUUACUUUUAAAUUUUAAAUGAAGUUUGGAUCUGUCAGUGAAUUCUGGCUGUCAGUGAAUUAUCUUUUCUCUUGGACUUGAACAUACUGUUCCCACGCAUGGUGCAGAGAGCAGAGUAAUAAAAAUAUUUUCUGUGAAGAUA